AUGAAACGGCAGCAACCGGCGGCGUACGGGGAUGGAAAUAUGAACCCAUAUGGAGGAGGGAGUGGACAGAGAACGAGAGGAAAUUCAGGGGCAAUGAGUAAUAGUUAUGGAGGAGGAGGAGGAGGAGGAAGGCAAGAUGGGUAUUCUAGUGUGGAGGCGGAGCAGCAUCCUGGGUAUAAAUCUUCGAAAGCUGAAGGGCAGUGGCAGUGGGACAGAGAGUCGCAGAAUGUCCGCAAUCAAUUGCCUCCUCAUGGUUUCGGUGAAGGUCAAGGGGGUAAUGGCACAAGAUCUUACUAUCAUGGGCAGCCACCCGAUCCCAAAGUGGGUUUAGAAAAUCAAUCCAAUAAGGAAGCUAGUAGAACCCAGCCUCAUGAACAAGAUAUGGAGCUUGGCUUUGAGGACAGUACCUUGCCAAUGUCUUUUGAAGGUCUUGAAAGGAAGUUCUUUGAUGAAGUAAUGAAAUUGGCAAAGGAGCAAAGUGAUUUAGAGGAUGCAGAAAAUGCUAGGCAUAGGGAGAAAAUAAGCGAGAUCAAUACCAGAUACCAGGAGAAACUUUCAGCAGUUCGAGUUCAACAAGCCAAUAGAAGAGAAGAGUUCCUUCGAAAGGAAUCACAAGCACGAUUAAGUCAGUACCAGCAAGCGAGCAUGAGCCAUUACCCAAACACAGGUUUGCAGGAUACCCGUGGCUAUAGUGGUGCAGCAGCUGCAGGAGCUGGCAUUUCCGGGGAAACACAUCGGGGUUAUGCCAGCAGUCAGUUUGAGUCCUACCGGGAACGAACUCAGUACAGUGGGGGUGGAAGAGCUCAAGGAAACGAGGGAAGGGUUCCGUACCCUGAGGGCCGUGUUUACAAUAAUUCUGGAGCCAGAUACUACUAG